GUUGUAAGGAGAAUUUGCAUUUUCCGCAACGCAAUGCUCCUCAAACUCUCUUUACCAUGUGAACUAUGGCGUGAGACUAGGACUCUGUGGUGUCGUACGCUGCCGGUCUCUGGCAAGAAGACAGCGUGAGAUGAGGGACGCAAGCUAUGAGAGAUAAAUGCCCUUCGCUGACUACUAACGAGGUCGCUUUCAUCCCUGUUCGACUCGGGGGGAAACAUGGCACUCUCUCUGUUGGAUAUUGCGAUCUGUUCGGCCGCUUUACUCAUUUUUCACUGGUUGUCUAAUCGUGGGUCUCGACGCUCAAGUCUUCCGCUUCCACCUUGUCUUCCCGGACUUCCCGUCAUAGGCAACCUCAGAGACUUGCAAGCGGAUGAAAAUUGGUUGACCUUCCUUCAGUGGGGAAAAGCAUAUAACUCUGAUCUCAUCCGCUUACGUUCGCUCGGAACUGAUUUUGUAUUUGUGAACACACUGGAAGUGGCCGUUGACCUCUUCGAUAAGAGAUCGUCAAUAUACAAUGAUCGCCCUUGGUAUACAAUGUUAAAUGAUUUGGUCGGCUUUGGGUGGUUGAUCACCUUUAUUCCCUACGGCGACCUAUGGAAGGAUACCAGAAGAAGCUUCCACCGAGAGAUUGGUCCUGUCGGGCUCAAGCGUUUCACUAAUAUAGAACUUGCGGCCUCACGGCAACUUCUUAGGCGACUCCGUUCGUCUCCAGAGGUAUUCAUGAAGCACAUCAGACACAUGGCUGGUCGCAUCAUCAUGCGUAUAGCUUAUGGAAUAGAGAUUAAGGAAGAGAACGAUGCGUACAUAGAUAUCGCUGAGGAGGCAAUGCAGGCUUUCAGUGCUUGUACAAACGCAGGAUCAUUCCUGGUCGAUCUCAUUCCCAUAAUGAAGUACUUGCCUGAAUGGUCUCCUGGCUCAGGCUUCAAACAGCUUGCAAAGACUUGGCGCGCACCGGUGACUGCCAUGUUAGACCGUCCAUUUGAGUUCGUCAAGAAACACACGGAAUUGGAUGACAUACCCACCUGUGCGGCGGUAUCGUUACGUGAAGAUAUGAAGAAGAGAGAUGUAGAUCCUGCAUACGCCGACUACGUCGCGAAGGCGACGUUGGCAUCCAUGUACGCCGGUGGAGCUGAUACGACGGUUUCCACUCUUAGUUCAUUCAUUCUGGCUAUGACUCUAUAUCCAGACGUCCAAGUGAGAGCCCAGGAAGAGAUCGAUCGUGUCGUCGGUGCAGGUCGACUACCUGAUUUCAGUGAUCGUAAUUCUUUACCAUAUGUUGAGGCAGUCGUGCGGGAAUCUUUACGCUGGCAUCCUGUAUUACCAAUAAACGUUCCUCACCGCCUCUUGCAAGACGAUGAAUACAAUGGCUAUUUCCUUCCAAAGGGCACCGUUGUAAUCGGAAACAUAUGGGCUAUGUUGCAUGACCCCAUGGUGUACCCGGAUCCGGGAGCAUUCAAGCCUGAGAGGUUCCUAAAGGAUGGGGUGUUAGAUCCAACUGUGCGAGAUCCGACUGUUGCGUGCUUCGGUUUUGGAAGGAGGCUAUGCCCAGGUCGGUUCUUAGCGAAGGAGUCGGUCUGGAUUACUGUCGCAUCUCUUUUGGCAACCUACAAGUUUUCGAAGGCGAUUGGGCCUGACGGCAAACCUCUCACUCCGAAAGAGGAUUAUAUCCCAGGAUCACUCAGCCAUCCCAAACCAUUUGCAUGCGACAUGCGACCCCGUUCUGUGGAAUGCGAAGCCUUGAUUAUGGCCUCGUCGAAUGAAGACUAGAUAGAUACACGAAUGUCUAUGUAACGCCGAAUUGGAUGUGGCUCAAUGUCCUAGAUCUGUUCUACCUCAACAGUUGAAACCUUAGCUACACAGAUCUGUUUUUCGAGUAUUGACCAUACUGAAGUUUUCACUUUUUUGACAUAACAGAAUGCUACUUCUUGUCAGAUAGAGAAAGCAACAAAGCCCAGCAUCUAUU